CUCCCUGUGUCUAGGGCUUUGGAUAGGAGGAGGAGGAAGAGGAAGAUGACGAGCCAGUGCAAUUAGCCUAACAAGGGACGGGUGGCGGCGGCGGCAGCAGCAGGAGGCGCGGCGGCUUUUCCGCGGGCCACUGACACAUCCCCUUUCUCUCCUCGCUGGGGCGAUGAAGGGGGACGUUUUAGAGUCCAGCUGAAAAAGUCCGGCGGGAUCUUCUCUUUCUUCCCCCCACCGCCCGCCCCACCGCCCCAUGGCAGCUCCUUGAAUCGCUUUCCUCCCUCCCUUCCCAAGACCCUAUUGUGGAGACGGGGCUUGGCCGGGAUUUGUGUACACAGUUGUGUCCUUGUUUUUCUCUUUCCUAAGAGGCGGAUAUAUUGUUUUGCUUUUUUAAUUUUUAAUUUUUUUUUAAAGCGGAGAGUCUUUUUCCCCUUCUUUCUGGCGCAUGUGGAAAACUGUUCUGGCCCUCGCCUCCUUCGCCCAUAUACAUUUUUGUGUAUGUGUAUCCCCCCCACCCCCAAAUGUGGACUCCGGCGGAUUUGUUCUUCCUUUGUAAUUGGGAAAUGAAAUAAUGGCGACCCGUUGGGCAGCAGGGCCACCCGCGGGAGAUGGAGACACCCAGACGCCCGAAGUCACCGGGAGCCUCAGCCAGGUGUCCAAAAAUAAAGAUGGAAAAGAGCAAAGUGAAGCUGUAUCUCCGUCGGAGGAUGAAGAAACGUUCUCCUGGCCAGGUCCCAAAACAGUCGUUUUACAAAGAACAUCACAGGGCUUUGGCUUCACCUUAAGACAUUUCAUUGUGUACCCCCCAGAGUCUGCUGUUCAGUUUUCCUUUAAGGAUGAAGAGAAUGGAAAUAAAAGCGGGAAGCCACGAAACAAACUGGAGCCGAUGGAUACAAUAUUUGUUAAACAGGUUAAAGAAGGAGGGCCUGCUUUUGAAGCUGGAUUAUGCACAGGUGACAGAAUUAUAAAAGUGAAUGGGGAAAGUGUUAUAGGGAAGACAUAUUCGCAAGUAAUCGCCUUAAUUCAGAACAGUGACAGCGUAUUGGAACUUAGUGUUAUGCCAAAAGAUGAAGACAUCCUUCAGCUGCUGCAGUUUUCAAAGGAUGUUACAGCACUGGCGUAUUCUCAAGAUGCCUACUUGAAAGGCAAUGAAGCCUACAGUGGUAAUGCCCGCAACAUACCUGAACCACCACCAAUAUGUUAUCCUCGGUUAACAUGUCCAGCUUCUGUCAUGGCACAACCUAUUGAGAAAGCACCUCCUGACUCUUCACUGGGAAAGCAGCCACCUAGUAGACCUGUACGGACAUUAGCACAACCAGAAAAGGCCUACAGAAUGGAAAUACAAGUGCCUCCAUCGCCAACAGAUAUUGCAAAAUCUAACACAGCUGUCUGUGUUUGCAAUGAUAUUGUAAGGACUGUUGAUGUGCCUUCUGAGAAGGCUGUAGACUUCCCGUCCUGUAGAACAAACCAUACUGGUCCAUCACGUCGGACAGAGGAAGUAAGAUAUGGUUUAAACGAACAAACCACUCUAAAAACAAAAGCACGAACAGCAACACCAUCCUCUUCAAUGUCCACUGCCAUUGUACUUCCUCAGACGCCGCUUACAAGGCCAAUAGAUCCCACUGAAAUAGCUAACAUGUCUGGAACCUAUGGAGGAUCUCCGGAAGGGAUCUCAAGUACUAGAUCUCCUCCUCAAAGUGUCGGUUCUCCUAUCACAACCAAUCACUACGCUUCUCCAAAUGCCCACCAACAUAUAGACUGGAAAAAUUACAAAACCUACAAAGAAUACAUUGAUAACAGACGCUUGCAUAUGUAUGGCUGCAGAACUAUACAGGAAAGGUUAGAUAGUUUAAGAGCGGCAUCUCAGAACACAACUGAUUAUAAUCAAGUGGUACCAAAUCGCGCUGGUUCACAGGUACGACGCAGAAGCACCUCUCAUGAUAGGGUCCAACAGUCCAUUCAGAUCCGGCAAAGGAGUGUGUCCCAGGAAAGACUUGAGGAUCCUAUAUUGCUGAAAGAGUGGCCAAGGAGUGCCUCCCAAGAUACUCUAACUUCACCAUCUAUUAGCCCCCGGAAUCACAGGACACAGUCCUGGGACUAUUUAGGCAAGCAGGGUGAACCAUUAGAAAACUUUCAUGCUGAGAACCUUGAUGCAGAUUCAAAAAGAGACAGAAAAAAGACUUACAAAUGGACUGGCUUUACUGAGCAAGAUGAUCGGCGAGGUAUUUAUGAGAGACCCCGGCAACAUGCAAUUCACAUGUCUCUUCGAGGUUCACAUUUUUCUGUGGCUCCAGGUGCUUAUAAUUCAGAUGGUAGACGAAUAAGCAGCAGAUCCUUGGGACCUGCCUCCCAGAUCCAGAAGUUUCCACCAGAUGUGAAAACACUGCAGCCUACCAGAGAUUUGCCAACCACUGGUGGAACUUCAAAGCCUACAUCUAUUUUUCAGGAAAGAUCAUCUCAGUUGACAUCUAGAAGCACACGAAGCAACUCUUUGAAGUCAUCUGUAUCCUAUGCAGCAAAACCAUCACUUCCCCUUAAUCAGAGCCUGGAUAGUGUUAUUACCAAAGACCAAAGAGAAGUAAAUCAUGUGCAUCACAGUGGUUUGUUGAAUCAACAAUCAAGGAUACAAGCAGAAAAUGUAUCAGUUCACAAAGGAGAAAUAGGCAAGAGUACUCUUUCCCCUACUUCUUGUAUAGCUUCUGCCAAAUUUGUCCCACAGAUGAGUGAGCACUUAACUACCUCUGUUAAUUUAGAUGUUUCUGCCAGACCCAAGGUUCAAGAUUUUGAAAAAGAAGAUAUAAAAGAGCCCAACGUACAGCCGACAGAUGUAGACGGGGAUAUAGAAACAGUUGUCCUGCGGGAAAAGUCUCCUUCUUCUGGUCAUCCAACGCCACAGCCUUUGCGUCAUCAGUCGUACAUCUUAGCUGUAAAUGAUCAAGAGCCCGCCUCGGAGACUACUUGUUGGUUACCCAAUGAUGCACGUCGAGAAGUCCAUAUAAAAAGAAUAGAAGAAAGGAAAGCUUCUAGUUCCAGCCCGCCUGGUGAUUCCUUGGCAUCUAUUCCAUUCAUAGAUGAGCCAGCUAGUCCCAGUACUGACCAUGAUAUCGGCCACAUUCCAGCUUCUGCUGUUAUUUCAGCAUCUUCCUCGCGAGCACCUACUGUUACAACAGUUCCUCCCACUCCUACCUCUCUUGUCCCUUUAAUCCACCGUCAGCUAUCCCAUGACCAUGAAUCUAUCAGGACUAGUGUUCUGGAAGGUCAGUUUCCUGCAAAAAGCGAAAGGUCCAAGUCUUAUGAUGAAGGAUUGGAUGACUACAGAGAAGAAAAAAUGACCAUAAAGCAUGUAUCUAGCUUAAAGGGAAUAAAGGCCCCAGACAGCCAAACGUCUUCAGAAAACUCAGGGUCCAGAAAAGCUUCUUCUUCAGAGGUCUUUGGUGAUGCUUCCAAGGAAGGAUGCCUCCAUUUCCGACAGCUAGUCACAGACAAGGGCAAGAGAGUUGGUGGGAGCAUCCGGCCAUGGAAACAGAUGUACGUGGUUCUCAAAGGCUGCUCGCUGUACUUGCACAAGGAUAAGAAAGAGCAAACUCUGCCACCUGAGGAGGAGCAGCCCAUCAGCAUCAAUGCUUGUUUGAUAGACAUUUCAUACAGCGACACAAAGAGGAAGCAUGUAUUUCGGCUCACCACCUCGGAUUGCGAAUACCUGUUUCAGGCUGAAGAUAGGGAUGACAUGCUGGCCUGGAUUAAAGCUAUACAAGAAAACAGCAACUUAAAUGAAGAGAACACAGGUGUCACAAGCAGGGACCUAAUUAGCCGGAGGAUUAGAGAAUACAGCACCAUGAUGAGUACUUCAAGUGGGAAAACGGAACCCUCCCCCAAAACACCUCGUCAGAGCCUGAGCAUAAGGCAGACAUUCCUUGGCACUAAAACCGAGCAAAGAACCCAGAGCCCACAUUCUCCCAAGGAUGAAUCUGAAAGGAAAUUCCUUCCUAAAGAAAAAGAUGAGACAAGCCCACCGAAAGACAAAGGUACAUGGCGAAAAAACAUUCCGAGCAUCAUGAGAAAAACCUUUGAGAAGAAGCCAUCUGCGGCUGGGACCUUUGGGGUCAGAUUAGAUGACUGUCCCCCAGCUCAGAGCAAUAAGUAUAUUCCACUAAUAGUUGAUAUAUGCUGCAAAUUAGUUGAAGAAAGGGGUCUUGAGUAUACAGGUAUUUAUAGGGUUCCUGGAAAUAACGCUGCCAUCUCAAGCAUGCAAGAAGAACUCAACAAAGGCAUGACUGACAUCGAUGUUCAGGAUGAUAAAUGGCGAGACCUGAAUGUCAUAAGUAGUUUACUGAAAUCCUUCUUCAGAAAGCUUCCAGAACCUCUCUUUACUAAUGACAAAUAUGCAGAUUUCAUAGAUGCCAAUAGAAAAGAAGAUCCUGUGGAGCGACUAAAAACACUGAAAAGGCUGAUCCGUGAUUUACCUGAGCACCAUUAUGAAACACUCAAAUUUCUCUCUGCACAUCUGAAGACUGUAGCAGAAAACUCAGAAAAGAACAAGAUGGAACCAAGAAACCUGGCAAUAGUAUUUGGUCCAACUCUUGUGAGAACAUCUGAAGAUAACAUGACACACAUGGUUACCCACAUGCCAGAUCAAUACAAAAUUGUAGAAACACUUAUCCAAAAACAUGACUGGUUUUUCGCAGAAGAUGAUGCUGAAGAGCCCCUUACAGCAGUUCAGGAGGAAAACACAGUAGAAUCUCAGCCAGUGCCAAACAUAGAUCAUUUACUCACCAACAUUGGAAGGACGGGAGUAUCUCCUGGAGACGUAUCAGAUUCAGCUACUAGUGACUCUGCAAAAUCUAAGGGUUCUUGGGGAUCUGGAAAGGAUCAGUAUAGCAGGGAACUGUUAAAGUCCUCCAUCUUUGCUGCAGCCAGUCGCAAGCGGAAAAAAACGAAAGAGAAACCGCAGCCCAGCAGCUCCGAAGACGAGCUGGAUAAUGUGUUUUUCAAGAAGGAGCCUGCGGAGCACUGUUACAGCGGUUCAGCAAAAGAGGACGCACCUAAAGAGGAACUGGAGAAGGAGAUGGCUGGGAGGAAACCAAGGGCCCUGGUUCCAAAAGAAAAAGAGAACAAUGUCCGCAAACCUUCUUCAGCGACCAAGGAUGAAGUCGUGUUGGCAAGGAAAGAGAGAGUGCCCUCAGAGGAUCCCUGUACACCUCAUCUCCAAAAAUAUAUGAGAUCCCCAAACCUCAGCUUUCGGUUAAGUACACAGAAAGAUUGCACUAAACCACCUGUCUUUCAAGGCUCUUCUCAGAUGGAAGAAGCCGUCUCCGACUCGGGCACUAUGCUCAGCAGUUCUUCACAGGCUUCUUUGCAGAGAUUCUCCUGUAAAAAAUUGGCCCACCCUGAAAACAAAUGCGGGGAGUUUUUAGCAGCUGAUGUCAGCUCCAUCACUUCAGAUUACUCGACAACUUCAUCUACUACAUACCUAACUGGUUUAGAUUCCACCAUGCUAAGCCCUGAGGUGCAGUCCGUGACAGAGAGUAAAGGAGAGGAGGCUGACGACGAGAGAAGCGAAUUGAUCAGCGAAGGCCGCCCUGUGGAAACAGACAGCGAGAGCGAUUUCCCUGUUUUUGCUUCCAGUUCUGCUGUGGAGAGGCUGUUCAGGGGAAAGAUGCAAGAUGUGACGAAGGGCAGCCGGAGGAACUCUGAAGAAAGUGAAGUAAGUUGUACGGAGGGAAGUUUGACGCCAAAGUUGGACAGCCGCAGACUAUUCAGUUCACACAAACUUAUUGAAUGUGAUACGCUAUCUCGGAAAAAGUCAGCCAGGCACAAGACAGAUAGCGAAGGCUCAGGAGAUGCCAAGUGUGAGAAGGAGCUGCCGGCAGUGACCAAAAUGUUUGACAUCAUGAAGAAAGGAAAGUCAACCAGCAGCUUAGCGGUUUCAGCCAGAAGCGAGCCUGAAAAACAGGAGCCUACCUGGAGACUCAAGAUUACAGACAGGUUAAAGCUGCGUCUCAAGUCAUCUGCAGAUGAUAUGUUUGGAGUUGGCAACCAGAAGACAAACUCCGCCGAGACGUCCAAGAGAAAGAACAUCAGGCGAAGGCACACGUUAGGAGGCCAGAGAGAUUUUGCCGAAAUAAGUGUUCUGAAUGCGUGGAAAGCGGAAGAGAAAAAUCCAAACAGGGAGAAAGACGCUUCGGCAGUGAACCGGUUGAAGCCAAAAUGCCCAGCACAGGACCUCUCAAUUUCAGACUGGCUUGCACGAGAGCGUCUACGCACUAGCACAACUGACCUUCACAUGGGGGAAAGCGGAGAGCCCAAACGGGAGAACCCUAGCAGAUCAGCAGAUUCAUCAAAGACGGAGCUCUCUUUGCCUUCGGAGGUGUGGGCCGAGGAAGGCGGCUCUUCUUCUAGUAGUAGCUUGACUCUGGUUCCUAGGACACCGGUGUCGGGACCAUUGCAGCCCCUUGACCACGUCAAUGGAGAAAGCUACCAGAACAUGAACAAAAGCAACUUCAGCCCUGCCGUCGAUGCCCAUCCUCACAAAUUAUCUGGGACCCAGGUGGUUAGAUCUCGAUUCUACCAGUAUCUUUGAAUUGGAGACGUAGAUGUCCACUUCAGCAAUUCAAAGGCAGCUUCUCUUUUAACCCGUCCUCCGUUGUUCUGUAUAUGUUUUCCUGUACAGUGUUACUUUACAACCAUUGGAGGAGGUUUUAUUCCAUCCCUUUGCACUGUGGAGAAAGUCUUUACAGUGUAUUCGUGCAGCCAGAAUAUUGGGUGGGUGGGAGGGCAGAGUUUAAAAUAGAUAUAAAUAAAUAUAUAUAAAUAUAUAAAUAUAUAUAAAUAAAUUUAUUUUAAAUAAAAGUAUAUUUGAUUGCUGCAUACACUUAUUGAACAAAGCAUCUAAUGCAACAUGCUAUGUAAUGUGUACAUGGUUUUUAUGACUGACAAUUGGCAUUAGUAUGCAGGGGAAAAUAUUCUUUUGGGUUUAGUCACUAACAAGUGCCUCAUCAAAAAAAAGUUCAUUUGGUAUGUUAGGGUGCCAUAAUAAUUGUUAAAUUAGAGGAUGUUAAUAUAAACAACAAAUUUUUAACACAGGUGGGUACAGAGCUUCCAUUCCUUAGGCAUUCCAGUUGGAUUUCUGAGUUUUAUAUUACAAUUUUAAUACAGUUUUUGAGUUUUAUGUGACUUGAAUUUUUAAUCUUUCUGUAAAAUAAGUAACUUAAAUGUACAUACUCCAUGUGUAUCUUUUCCUCAGAUACCAGAUUUGAUAUAAAUGUUGUAACAUAGGCGUGUAGAUAGUGGAUCCUGGAUGAAACUGGUUUCUUUUAUUGAGAAUAUAAUUCUGCAUGAAGACUUUAAUGAAUCCAAAUCUGUAUCAUGCCUGUGUGCAUACCCACUUCAAACACUGGAAAUAAAAUCGUUUUGAUGGUU